AUGCAGCACGAAUACACUCCGGAGGAGAUUCAGGACGAGUUUACCCCACUUGAGGGGAAAAAAAAGAGGGGCCCGAAACGCAGCUCUACAUCAAGUGAACUCGAAGUGCUCGAUAUCGGGCCGUCGAACCAGUUCAGUGGACAAUAUCAGACGGGAAAUCUCAGCGGCGACGAGAUAUAUGAGGGAGCGUGCGAUGAGAGCGAUAUCGACAACGACCAGUUCAAACACAACAUGCAAGCGUAUCAUGAGGGUCGCUCGAACGAAGCCCACGUUCACGUGGAAUCUCCCUCGACCAUGUACUACAGCAAUUCGUUUGGCGAUACUCCGGGAGAUGCCUUCAUACGGGACACGAUCGCCUCGAAUCACCAGAUGGAUAUCCUGAUGAACAACGGCAUGUCUUCAAGCCAACAGGUUUCCGACAACAGCGUCGCCGCCGCUGACUUGUCACGAUCUAUGAUGGAAUUGGAGAGAGCCAACGCUCGGAUGAUCUCAUCAUUGAGCGGCGGACAGCGCUACAUGGGGAAUGACCAACUGCAAGAUGCCAACCGUCGGGCCAGUUUCUAUCAGCAGAUGGGUGUCAUGCAACAGAUGAGCCCUGACGGGACACAGCCGACGGCGCACGGCAUGGCCAACUCCUAUGGGCAAUCUGGACCCGAUAGACACAAUCAGAGCUGGGAGUCUUCGUAUGCGUCGGCGCAGCAAAUGAUGCACCAGCAAGCCAUGCAACAUGAAGCUAUGCAACAGCGGGCUAUGCAACAGCGGGCUAUGCAACAGCAGACUUUGGAGCAACAGGAGUGGAACAUUACUCCGAUGUAUUACCCCGAUAAACAGUCUGCAGGGCCUAAAGCGGGGCCAUACCGUCCCUACUCGAUGCCAUCCGGCUCCAUGGCCGCUCAAGCUCCCGACGCCAUCUUGACUCCCGAUGGUAGUACGCCGCAAGGCGACCGCCGGCCCCGCGGUUUGUCUCACACGACAAGGCACCGAAAGGCGAGGAAGUUGGCUCCAGUCACGCAACCCGUUGCACCCGAACAACAAGCUACGCCAAAUUCCGACUCUACCUGGAGACUGCCUUCGCUAAUAUCGCCGGAGCUACGUUUCCCGCAAUCAAUUCGCGGAGACCUCCCCGACGGUUUCCAUCUGCACAUUCUCAACCUGUAUUUCACCUACUUCCACCCGACGUUUCCGAUCAUACACGAAGCGGCCUUCUUCGCCUCGCUUGUGGCAAAGCCAAAGCCGCCGCCCCUAUCGGAUGCUGGGGAGCGCAGCCAACAGGGCACGCCAUCGGACGAGGCCUCGAUGGUGGAUACCCAGGAGGAGGACGGCUGGCGUGGGUACGUCGGCUCCUUUGACGGUGACGACUCGAAUCUCGGGACCAACCAUCCGCCAGAAGGACAUGGGGCGGUUUCGGAAGCACUGCUGAACGCGGUUUACGCUAUUGGCAUUCUGUUCUCGGCUCAUCCAUGUCUGCAGGUUCUUGGUGGUCGGAUCAAGGCCGGGGAACGAUUCAUCCGUCGGGCCCGAGACGCGUUGCACAAAGGAAGCGAUGUAGUCGCGCGCUGCCUUAUUGAUCUAUGCACCUUUGGCUGCACCGUCAACACUGGAGGCGAGAUGGAGCUUUUCCCUGGGACAUGGCGAAUCGCGCAGAAACAGCAAAUCGCUGUUGAACAGCCGUGUGGGACGCUCUAUCACGUGCUCAAUGGACGGCCAGCGCAGACGGAUGGGAUGGUUGCCAGCCGGGAAGAGCGGAAACGCGUUUGGUGGGGACUGUUCUUUCUCGACACGUACACUUCGCUGUGUACCGGGUAUGACUUCCAGAUUGACGAAGGGCGAUACAUGGAGUCGUUGCUUGAUCCUCACAGUUUGUGUCGCAGUGUUCCGCACCCUUUGGCCGCUGAGAAGGGGAUUCUGGAGAGCCGUUACUGUGUUACGACACCUGGCAGAGGGGCGGAUAAUCAAGUAGAACCCUACCCAACACCUGAGAAUCCGGGAUUCGAAGAUUGGAGGUUGGCGAUCCUCGGUACGCCCACGGACACCAUUUUCGAUCAUUCAAGCGGAACAGCCUCUAGCAGCCCGACAUCUCCGGCGGACAGUGAGAUUCAAAAAUCUACACAGCAAGCUAACGCAUCGUUCGCCAUGUCUCAGAUGAGCGUCCAACCACACAUCCGACUCUCGAUAUUCCUGCGCAAGAUGCUCCGCAUCAUGACCCGGCCACCACAGUCCGCCAGCGAACAAGUCUCGCCCCUCCAUUUGAAGCUAAUGCAGCUAGCCAACUCACUGCCUGCCGACAUCCGACCUUACGUCUACCUCGCGGGUUCACCGCCGGUCAUCGAGCCAGGCCGGCUCUCAUCGCCCGUCUCUGUACAUACCUUACUGCUUUUCCUCGCUUCGCUCUCCCUCGUCCACCACCCGCACAUCGCCGAUGGGCGCGUCGUGCACGAUAUCAUGGGUCCACUAGACCGUGGCGAGAUCCCAACCGACCCACGGAUCACCACGAUGACAAGCCUCGACAUCUGCCUCGCCGUCUACGCACGCAUUAACCAAAUCGUCGAAUCCAUCUACGCCGACCGCCGACGCUCCACCGGGGCCACCUCACCAGCGCCCACAACCCCGACCGCACCCUCCGCGUCAACGCCACCCAUCCCGCCCCCUCCGCAGAUCGUCGCCCUGCCCUUCACAGCCGUCCUCCUCGCCGUACCCGCCAUCCCGGUCCUCAGCUCCCGCCACGGCGCGCUUCUUUCUUCAACCGCCGCCAAAAAAUCCCCGCCGGUAUCCAACACCGCGUCCCAAUCUCCCUCCCAGCCACCUCCGCCGACCUUGGAACAGAUCCUCCUCCCAGCCCUGGACGAUAUCGCCACCGUGUGGCCGCGCGCGAGCUGCUAUGCGGCCGCGCUGCGGGGGUGGGCGGAGGUUGUGAGAGAGCGCGGGGUGGCGGUUAGCAACUCGGCGUCGCUUUAUUGGAGGAAGUCUGGGAGUCCGUCGUUGAGGAAGAUCAACAUUGCGUUUGAUUUGUGA